AUGCCUGCUACGAGUACAGUUGUGAUCAGCAGACGCAGUUUCUUCGGGAAAAAGGAUGAAGAAGAGAAGAAGGCCGAGAAGAAGGAACAAACUGAGGGUGAAACUGAGCAGCUAAAUAUUACUCUGGAAGAAGCUAUCGAGCAAAUCAACUCCCUUGAAUCCCAAUUGUCCGAAGCCAAAGCGGCUCGCGAAAAAGAAGAAAAAGACUUCAAAUACAGACUUUCCGAGAUCGCCCAAGAAAUGAAGAGCCAAAAGACCAGAUUGGACAGGGAAGCUGAAAAAGCGAAAGUCUAUGGAAUCAAAAGCUUCGCCAAAGACCUCUUACCAGUCGCAGAUCAGCUCCAACUCGCCCUAGAGAAUGUACCAGCUGCUGAGCUCGAAGAAAAUAAAGCUCUGAACGAUCUUAAGGAGGGUAUUGAAAUGACUCAACAGCAAAUAAGCAAGGCUUUUGAGAAGAAUCAAAUUAUCUUAGUCAACCCGGAAAUUGGCGCUGAAUUCGACGCUAAUCUCCACGAAGCCGUCAUGCGGGUUCCUCGAGCGCAAAUGCCGGACAACGAGCCAAACACAAUCGCUUUCGUCCAAAAGACCGGCUACAAUAUUAAAGAUCAAGUGCUCAGACCAUGCUGGGUUGGCGUCGUUUCAGAAUAA